AUGGCGCUGGGCGGAGCUGGCGCGGCGAUGGCCGGCGGCCAGGCCGGAGCAGCGCGAUCCCGAUCGCUGUUCCUGUGGGAUGACGGACGUCCUAUGCGGUUCUACUUGCGGCCCGGCCUGGCCAAGCUGCGCCUGGCGCCCCUGGUGCUGGCGGGCGGCGGGCGGCUGUGUCGGGUGCAGGAGCCAGGGGCUGUGCUCCUGGCGCAGCCCGGCGAGGUGGCUCCCGACGGGGCCGUCUCAACCGAGUACGUGGCGGAGUGCGUGAAGCGCAACCAGCGGCUACCGCUGGAGCCCUUCCUGCUGACAGCCCGCGGCCGCUUGGCCUUCACGGAGGCGGAGGAUGCGGCGCUGCUCCAGGCGGUGCGCGGCCAGGGCACGGUGCGGGUGAGCGGCCGCGCGCUGUGGAUAGAGCUGGAGCGGAGCGGCCUGACGCGGCACAGCUGGCAGGCCAUGCGUGACCGCUACCUGCGGCACCUGCUGCCGCGGCUCUGGGAGCCCCCGCAGACGGAGGAUCCCACGCAAAUCAGGGGUCUGUUCGCGGCAGCUAACCGGGAGUUCGAAAGCACGGAGUCAGAAAGUGACUCUUCAGAUGUUGCAGAACUUCCUACACAAGAUGGAUUGAGAAGGUCCCCAGGAGAAACAGCAUCUGAGCUGAAAACUGGGCCAGAGGACUCUGCUUUCCCUGACAUUCAGUUACAAAGGCAAGAAAGACCAAAAAGCACUUGUUCUUCCAAUGUGGUGGGACAGGUGGUAAAAACUAUGGAGCACUUCAUGGAGAAGUUUGCUGUGGACCUGCUCACUGUUACACAGGCCUUUUUGAAAAACAGCGGUGACGUGGAAGCUACUUCAUACUUUCUGCAGACAGGGCAGCGCUUGGAUGGGUACCCUGUAUGGAGCAGAGAGGAUGAUUUAGAAUUGCAAAAGGAUGAUGAACAUGUCAGAAAUCAACUGAUAGCCAAAUUUGGAGCUGAAAAUGUAGCAAAGCGGAUCGUGUUUAGAGAGAGUUAAGAGGACAUUACUGAUCUAGUACAGUUGCAUAAAUGUAAUAGUGAUUUCAGAAACACAGUGGAAAAUUUGAUCAAAGUUCUGAAGUUUCAGAAAUGCUUUUUUUUUUUUUUUCUUUUUUUGUAUUAAAAGGCCUCUUUUGCAUCUCUGCAGAUCUAAGAGAUGCAGCUGCUUUAAUCAAAGGAAUGCUUGUACCAGGCUGUAUGUUCUACUUGGGAAAAGUACACCAGCUUUCAGGGCUAUGAGUAAUAGUUGAAGUAGGAAAUGAAAGUUAAGAAGGAAUGAUCAGAGGUUAUGUAUCUAUCACCUAAAUUGUGUUUGAGAGAGAACACUAUUGCUAGGAUAAAGUCAUAAUCUGAAAAAUUCAGUACUUUUAGCCUGAAAUUGUGCUCUGGUUACUUAUUUUAAUACUGUUUGAAGGGAGUCCUAAAAAUCUGCAUUCUUUUGGUGAAAUAAAAUGGGCUGGCAAAGGCGAAGUUUGGUUGGGUUUUUUUUUUUUAACCUCUCUAAUGAGUUAAUAUUUUGGGUUUUUAGCAUAUUGCGCUGUGGCACUCAGAAAAUUAAGGUGAAUUGUGAAAUGGCUGAUGUUAAGCCAAAUUAAAAUUAUACUGAAAAUAAAAAAUGGUAUAACGAGACUGCUGUUUUGGGAAACCACUGCAACACCUACUGAUUAUUCAAGGAGUUAACCAAUGUAACCAAAUAAAUGCUAAAACAGCA